AGAGAAGUGCUUUCCGGUAAGGAGUGCAUGCGUCAUUCUCUCCUAAAGAGGAGCGUUCACAUCUCAGCUUCUUUGAAGAUUAAGCAAGAACCGUGUCCACUGCAACCACUUGAUUAGUCUUGAAACAAAAUUCCCCAAAAUUUUGUUUCAUUGUUGUGCUCUGUAGGAAGAAUCUUUUUUUUGUUGUUGCAAACACCCAUAAAAUAGACACAGAAUGGAAAGAGGAGACUUUGUACUCAAGGCCAAAUUGGCUGAGCAAGCUGAGCGCUAUGAUGAUAUGGUGGCUUGUAUGAGGGAAGUGACCAAGGCUGGCCAUGAACUCUCUAACGAAGAAAGGAACUUGCUGUCUGUUGCCUACAAGAACGUCGUGGGCACACGCAGGUUGGCCUGGAGGGUCAUAUCCAACAUUGAGAGUAAUACUGAAGAGAGUGACAAGAAGCCUGAGGUGAUCAAAGAAUACCGAGAGAAAGUGGAGCAAGAACUCAGAGAGAUCUGCAAUGAUGUACUGGAGCUGCUGAGUAAAUAUCUAAUAGAAAAUUCCACGAAUCCUGAAAACAAGGUGUUUUACCUGAAGAUGAAGGGAGACUAUUUCAGAUACCUUGCUGAAGUGGCCCCUAAAGAUGAUAAAUCUGCUAUAACUGACUCUCAGAAAGCCUACCAAGAGGCAUUUGAUCUGAGCAAGAGUGAGAUGCAGCCAACACACCCCAUUCACCUGGGCCUCGCCCUGAACUUUUCUGUCUUCUACUACGAGAUUCUCGGCUCUCCAGAGAAGGCUUGCAACCUUGCCAAAGAGGUUCUUGAAAAAGCCUCAGCAGAGGUCAAUUCACUUAAUGAAGAGUCUUUUAAAGACAGCACCAUCAUCAUACAACUGCUGAGAGACAACCUCUCAUUAUGGACAUCUGAUAAAGGAGAGGAAAAUGAAAGACAGCAGAGCUGAAACUUCCCUGCCUUCAGAUUAGAUGGGGGGACAAAUUAUCUAAUAGGAUGAAAAUCAUACUUUUAAAAAUCCAUCACCUUAUACAGUUGUCUACUGCACAUCAGUGCUGCUAAUUAUGCUAUGUUAUAGGUUAUACCAUUGUUAGUCAGUCAAAGUUCUAAUGCUUUUAAUGCAAAAGCAAAAAAAAAAAAGAAAAUCUCAAGAUUCUCCCUUGGGGAAAUUAAGAGUUCACAUUUACACCAGUAGAUUUUACUUUAACAUUUGAGUAAUGUGUUUUGCCUACAGGUUAUACAGUAUAUGCAUAUAGUUCAAUAUGCUCAUUUGUAUCAUGGCUUUAGCAAUGAUUUGGUGACUUACUGGUGUCAUUUCUUAAUGGGGAAUCAAAUGCUGAAUUUCUGAUCUUUAGAAUAAUGGGGCUAUCUGUAUCUUUUGUACUGAAGCAACUACUGAUGAUAUUCAAAAGUCCUAAAUGCUUUCUCAUAUGCACAACCCAAAAAUUCGCAUGAAAACAACAACCAUUACAAAAAAUUUGAAUGUAAAUUCAAACAUUUACAGUAAAACUCAGGAAUGAGGCUCUGAGAUUUUCCAAGAUCUAAAAAAUUUUUUACAAAAGAUUUUCCAAGUUGAGAAAGGCCAAAAUCUAAAAAGGAUUUCAGUUCACACUUUCAUAACAGUCAUAACCAUAAUUAUAUGGCACUUCAAAUUGUAACCCAUUAGUGGCAUGAUUUGGAAGAUGAGUAAUAUAAAAUGUAUAUAAAAUGUUAUAUUAUUUUAUAUUACUUUUUAUAUUAUCAAGUUUUAUAAAAAAAUAAAAACUUGGUAAUAUCUAAGCCUUCAGGCUGAAUGAGUACAGAGUGGGGUGAUGUGCAAGAGCUCGACAAAAACAAAAGCUCUGUGACGAACAGUAUCCAACAUGUGACGACAACAAUGUGGUAAAUGUAGAUUCGGCUACUCAUCGUCUAAUAGAGAAAAAUACUUGAGUGUUCAUCAGU